UCUCCAGGUGUUCUGCCACGCAGGACAUCAGUCAGCGCUGCAGUGACCCGAGGUUCCCCUCACAGCACCCCGUACCUGCAGAGCGAAGGCCCGCCUCCUCCGUUUCCUCCCCCAAAAGAGAGACCCCACUGUCCCCUGAGUGGAGCACGCUGCGGAAAAAGACGGAGGACUCGAGAGCUGAUUGUCAUGGGCUUCCUCCCACCCCUCAAGUCCAUAUGGGAGCCUGCUUCACCAAAGUCUUCAACGGAUGUCCUCUGAAAAUCCACUGCGCUGCUACCUGGAUUUUACCCAAAACUAAAGAUCAGCACCUUAUUCUCGGAGCGGAGGAAGGGAUUUACACGCUGAACCUCAAUGAACUUCAUGAAGACACACUAGAAAAGCUGCUCCCCCAGCGAUGCACGUGGCUUUACGUCAUGAACAACGUGCUGAUGUCGGUAUCAGGAAAGUCGUCGCAGCUUUGCUCCCACAGCCUGACGGCUCUGUUCGAGCAGAAAGGACACGUGCACAAGCGGCACGGCAGCCUGUCUCUCAGCACCAACCGCUUCGCUGAGAGGAUCAUCCCCAGAAAGUUUGCCAUUUCUGUGAAGAUUCCAGACACUAAAGGCUGCAGGAGAUGUGGUGUAGCCAGAAACCCCUACACUGACAGCACCUUUCUGUGCGCCGCCGUCCCAUCCGGCCUGGUGCUGCUCCUGUGGUACGAGCCGCUGCAGAAGUUCAUGCAUCUGAAGCACAUAUCGGUUCGGCUUCCAGACUCUCUGCCAAUAUUUGAGCUCCUGGUCCUGGUUAGCGAUGAGUUUCCCCAGCUGUGCGUUGGGGUGAGAGAGAGCGAGAACGCCAGCCGCCAGCUCCACUUCGAUAUAAUAGAGCUGAACGACCCUCCUGCUGCAGCGCCGGAUAACGGGGCCCUCAACGCCGUCCAGAUUACCCAGCUGGACCGGGACACGGUUCUGAUUGCAGUUGAAAAAAUGGUGAAGAUCGUGGAUCUGAAAGGGCUCCCCUCCAGAGAGAUGGCCGCCGAGAUAUCCUUUGACUUCCGGAUUGAAACGCUAGUCUGUUUGCAGGACAGUGUGCUGGCUUUCUGGAAGCAUGGCCUGAAAGGGAGGAGUUACCGUUCAGAUGAGAUAACGCAGGAAAUCACAGAUGAGAGCCGAGUGUUCAGAGUGUUGGGAACAAACAGAGACAUCAUCCUCCAGAGUACGCCGACUGACGACCCCUCAGCUCUGAGCAACCUCUACAUCUUGACCGGUCAUGAGAGCAGCUACUGAGCCGCUGGACAGGCUCCAUUGAUUCAGCCAAUAAAAUCCAGAGGGUUUUACCUCCCACAGUUAAGGAAUGACCCGCACUGAGCUGGAGGUGAAACAGCCCACAGGGUCGUACUGGGAUUCUGCCGAGGUGUGGCUGCCAUCCUUAAUCUGGCAGAAAACCGUCCUUCUAAUGAACUUCUGAUGAACAGACGCAGGAAAUCAGACCUCUGAUCAUUAAUGGGAGCUUUUUAUUGAGUCCAAGUGUGUCAGAAUUUCCACAAAAUGUCCGGUUCCAGAAAGAACUAAGGUCCGAUUUGGUUAUGAUUGAUACUCACUGAGACUAAUAAGGGAUAUUUAAAUGAGUUCAUUAGCAAAGAGCUAGAAUGCCUAGAGAAGUACCAAGGCACUGCCCUCAGAGAUGGAGGGAGCCCAUUAAAAACUGUGCUAACUGGUCUCUGCUUGUCCUCUUCAGCCGUAAUUUAUCACCACGAACAUUAGCAAGAUAUUAAAACCUUGAAGUGCAGCCAUGAAAAUGCGGUCUGUUAAGACAUAAAAUAAGUUGGACAGUCUAGGUUAGGAAGGAUGAAACCAGGCCUAGUUUUCCUUCUUUGUUAUAUGCUGUGGAAAUUAGAAUUUUGGACUUAAUCUCUGGAUUUUUCACCUCUGAGCUCAUUCAUCUCUGAAAUAUAAAACUCAGCAAAUGUACCCUCUUACAUUUUUCUUUGCAGUAAAACUUCCUGUUUUGAGAUGCAUUAAAUGGUAGCGGCAGCGCAGUACUACCAGGGGCCUAUAGGGGUGCUAAAGCUGACGUUACCUGUGUAGGUACCAGAUCUACUCGGGCCCUGCUUCAUGCAAGCGACGCUACGCCAUAUGCUUGGCUGAAGAUAGACAAUAACAGACAUCCCAAGUGUCCUGGUAGUUCCUGGAGUCUCCCUGAUAUCGAUACUCGUUCACUGAUGCCUGCAAGUCGGAUAAAUUAUCCCGGAGUUUAGACUAUGGGAGGUGGGGUUUUUUUUUUAUGCGAGUGAGAGCGGGCAGGCAAUACAAUAAUUCGUGCACCAAGUGCAGAUUAGAACUACUGCGAUUGCAUAGACACAACAAGAGAGAUCGUGGUGUGGAGGGAGGUUGCUGGUGUGCAGCGUUUCUGUCCAAAGCGAUGCUCUGAUCAACCAGCGAUCCAGGAGACUGGUUGAUCACAGAGACAAUAAGUAACAUUAUGAGAAUAAAGUCAUAAAAUCAGGAGAUA